GUCACUGUGAGUCUUGGAGCUGGUGCGAGAUCAUGGAGGAAUUGGCCCGGGAGAGCAUCAGCCUGCUGGCCCGCUCUGCGUCCCAUGCAGACCCUCCUCGGCUCGGCUCGUUCGGGGCAGUGUUCAUCAUGCUGAAGUCUGCGCUGGGAGCCGGACUACUCAACUUUCCCUGGGCCUUCGAGAAGGCGGGGGGAGUGAACACCGCCGUCAGUGUGGAGCUGGUUUCUUUGGUUUUCCUCAUCAGUGGUUUGGUGAUCCUGGGCUAUGCUUCGUCGGUCAGCAGACAGAAGACGUAUCAGGACGUGGUGAGUGAGGUGUGUGGACGAGCUGUGGGUCAACUCUGCGAAGUCUGUUUCUGCUUCAACCUCUUCAUGAUAUGUGUGGCCUUCCUGGUGGUGGUGCAGGACCAGCUGGAGAAAUUGUGUAUUUCUUUAUAUGAGUCGGUGACUGGGUUGGGUGAGGCAGAUAUGCCAUAUCACUGGUACACUGACCAGCGAUUCGCCCUCUUCAUCAUGUGCCUCGUCAUCAUCCUACCUCUGUCUAUCCCAAAAGAAAUUGGCAUCCAGAAAUACACAAGUGUGUUGGGGACGCUGGCUGCUACGUACCUGUGUGUGGCAGUGAUCGUCAAAUAUUACCUGAUGGAGAGUCACCCUGUUGUAUUAACUCCAGAGCGCAGUGCAGGGGUCGGUUCUUGGGCUUCGAUGUUCAGCGUUGUGCCGACCAUCUGCUUUGGCUUCCAGUGUCAUGAAGCGUGCAUUGCAAUCUACAGCAGCAUGGAGAACCAGAAGAUAUCCCACUGGGUGCUCAUCUCUGUGCUCUCCAUGUUCUUCUGUUUACUCAUCUACACUCUCACAGGUGUGUACGGCUUCAUGACGUUUGGGAGAGAAGUUGCGUCUGAUAUUUUGAUGUCAUAUCCAGGAAAUGAUGUGGUCAUGAUCAUCUCCAGGCUACUUUUUGGAAUUUCAAUCAUCACCAUUUAUCCAAUAAUUCUUCUUCUGGGGAGAUCUGUCAUCCUGAACUUGGUGCUGCGCAUUCAAAGACGUCGCUGUGGAAUCAUCACUCACACAUUUGAAAGUCGCUGCAGAGUCGUUCUCACUGUGAUCUGGAUCACGAUCACUCUACUCAUUGCCAUGUUUGUGCCUGACAUGGGUGAGGUCAUCAGUGUCAUUGGAGGAAUCAGUGCCUUCUUCAUCUUCAUUUUUCCUGGUCUUUGCUUAGUGUUCUUAAUGCAAAGUGAACCUGUGACUGCAAGAGUAAGGAUGGUUUUAACAGCCUGGGGAGUCAUAACAGUUGUAGUUGGAGCCUUCAUCUUUGGGCAGAGCACAACCAUCGCUAUCAUGGAGAUUUUUGAGAAAUUCUGAAAAGCUCAUCAUAUUCAUCUUCAUUGUCCUCAUCAGUAACCGCACUAUGUUCUGUGAAGCUCACCUUGUCCUCACAACUCAAGGUUGUAUUUUAUAAUGGAGGCUGUCAGUUGAAGUGUGAUCUUUCUCAAUGUGUCAGCAGAUAUCAAAUAUAUAUAAACUGUGAAAGAAUGCAACAUUUUUAUGUGUGUGGUGCAGAAUUGUUGGAUUUAAAUGGAUUUUGACUCAAAGCGUAUAUACUGUAAAAGAAGAGAAUGUAUUGAAUUGCAUUGUUUGUUAUUCAGUUGUUCAUGUCGUGGGGAUGUUUGUGUUUAAAUGUAUGCGCCUGAUUUAUUAUAUUUAUGUUUUAUGCCAAUAAUAUACUUGUAUUUUAAAUGAGACAUCAUGGCGUUGUUCUUUCAUUUGUGCUUUCAAACAUCACCAGGGGGCAGUAUU